CUGUGCGUGAUCGCGGGUGCGUGUUGUGCCAUGUGUCUGCUAUGAGUUGCCCGGAGGUGGUGUACCAGGCUUACUACCCCUAUCUGUACCAGAGGGCCGGCACUUCUACCGGACCCCCUAGGACACCUUCGUUCCCCCCUUACUACGAUAGGCUUAAUGUGCAGCAGGGGUACAACAGUGUGGUGGGGGCGGGCAGUGGAGGCGGCAGUGUUGGCAGCGGGGGCGGCGUCCCCUCCCCCGCCUCUCCACCUACUACGUCUAGACACAAGGACGAUCAGGACCAUAGAGACUCAGACGGGAGGUGCGAGGAUGACGACGAUUCAGACGUCGCCAGCCCCGGUGGUUCGAGAGCCACAUACAUGUCGGCCAACUGUGUCGUCUUCACCCACUACACAGGAGAUGUCGCUAGUGUCGUGGACCAGCACUUCUCCAGAGCUCUGUCGUACUCACAGGACAAGGCCUCCCCCGGCUCCGACAAGGAGUGUUCCCCGAUGUCUACCCGCAACUUCCCUCCCUCCUUCUGGAACCAGGAGAGCGUGAGUGUCUCCCAUGGUCACGAGGGUCUGUAUGGAGAGUCCAUGUACCAUGGGGCGACGGCACACACCCCAGCCGACCCUUGGCACUCGCACUACCAACAGUACACCGCCGCCGCGCACCACCAUAGAGCCGUACAUGACUACCACCACCACCAUCACCAGCACAUGGCCGGCUACGGAGGUCUACUGCUGCCGCCCAGCUCUAGGCUGCCACCUCACGCACAAUACCCCAAGACUAUGGAUUGGAACCAUAGGCUACACCAUGACCAGUCCGCGCACCAUCUGGACCCCGCCACAUCCUACGCCUCAUACCCCAGCAUGGCAGGUCUAGACGCAUCGUCAGUUCAGGACCCUUCCAAGUCAGAUCUCUACUGGUUCUGAGCGGCGGCCUCCCAGUCUUCGGUAUCCUUCAGGCCUUUCUAGGACUCCAGGACCUUCAAGGACCUUCAGGAUUUACUGGGACCUCUAGAACUAUCUCGUGCAGCAAGAAAAGACAAAGACUCUAGUGUUGAGAUCCUUUCCUUGUAUUCCAACGGGAGCGCUGAGUGGUGGCAUUAUGUGAAUCUGAAUUGAUCUCUAGCAGACUCUCGUUUCUGAAACAAUUUGUAUAUUAACUUGAAAUUUUGUUGUGGAUUACAUUUCCUUGAGACAUCGUGUUUGAUGAAAUUUUUGGCUGAACAUUCGAACACGUUUUGAAUACAGCACUAACGUUGCAUAUUUAACGAGUGAUGAUAUCGAAUAACCUGAAUACCAUAUUCAACUCAAAUUUAUGAAAAAAAUUAAGGAAAUCGUUGUUACGUGUAUGUAUGACAUUGCAAAAGCUGCUUUAACACAUCUCCUCCAACCGUGACCCAAUUAAAGUCGCGUUUCUUACUCUAUUCCACUAAGUGCACUACCAUUACUCUGUGGAAGUCCUUGGCGGGGCGAUUAGCGAGACCGUCUAACCUAUAAACUGGAAACAGAGGAAAAAUGGCGCGUAAUGAUCAGCUGAUUAUAGAGAAAUGCGCUAAAGACAGGACACCGGAGAGAAAUGCUAUAACAGCCUCGACUGUCGUUACCCAGCGUACCGGGCUAAAUGGAGACCAUCAAAAUGAUCUCUAGGAAUUACUUUCUCUUUUUCCUAGGAAAGAUUCACUUAACCGGUGUAUUUACGUGAGUUUGUGACUUUUUGCGCAACUUUUGGUCGCCAGAUAAGGGGUAUUUGUGGAGAGCGGCGGAUGUUUCAAGAUAGGUCGACACAAUCCCCCUUCACGGAGGUAAUGUCCUAGGAAUCUUUGUGUAACGAGCCAUUCGAAUUAUGGCCUCAUAAUUUACCUGGAUUAUCUUCGCGUAGCUCCUUUGAAAAUUAUAAUUCUUUUAAUCCGUAAACGUUUUGUGUUUAUUUAUCUUCAAAACCGUGGCUUAGGUUUAUUGUUUUUUUAAUGUAUUUUCUGAUUAACAUGUAAGUUACACCCCGCUGUAGAACAUGUAGAAAAAUAUCUCAUUCAAUUUAAAAGUCCUAUAUUAGAUUUAUUUCCACUUUAAAUAUGUGUGAAUUAUUACACUUAGGGUUGAGGUUUCAAAUUGUUUGGUUUAGUUUUAUUGUUUCGUGUAGUAUCGUUUCUUAUCACAUUGUGCACUAUUCCUCUAGAAAAUUUAGAACAAAUGUUGCUUUAAAUUAAACUUACGUAAAACGUAUUUUUCCAUUUGUGUUUACAAUUUGAUAACCAAGAACAUACAUAUAACGACUCGUGCAAAUAGUUUAACAUUCCUCCCUCGUCCACCACUCGAGCGACUCCCUGCUUGUGAUUCUUGUAAAUAUUGACAAAUCGCCAUUGUGUGCAAUGUAGGUAGGUAGCUUUAGCCUUGUACAUUACUAGUUCUGUAGUCCGCCACGUGUACAACUUAGCGCCACCAUGGGUGUUAAACUUUGUAUGAUUAGACCCGUCUCCUGACACUCCACCUACCUGGGCAGAAGAAGCGUCAGGUGACAGGUUACAUCAUACAGACUAUAGUGAGUAACUGAUUGUAAAAAAGAUUUAAAUACUCAUUGUAAACACUUAGGUUAUACUCGACUGAUUUCUCAUUUGUUAAUGUCCACUGUGUUAUAUAUUUUCUGAGUGUUUUAAGUUACGUUGUUGUACAAUAUCUGUAUUUUGUUUGAAUUUUCAAAUUAUUCCGAAAGUUGGUGUUCAGUUUAAUUUCACGAUUUUAUAUUAUUUUGUGAUCUAUAGUGUGCUUUUCUCAGGAUCGUGUGUAUCCUAAACAUCUUGGCGAUGUAUUACUUACGUUUUCAAUGUUGUGAUUUUGAUAUUAUAAAGCUUAUUUUAAGAUACAGUAGUUAUAAAAAUAUGACAAUUAUUGAUCUUAGAAGGUACAACGAUUUUAGUAAAUUUAACUUUUGGUUAUAGAUUUACCUAUAAAAUUAACAAUUAUUAUUAAGACUUCGAAAUUCUGUAAACAGAACCACAACUAGUAAUUUACCUUUAUGUUCCUCACUUUGUAAAAUAUCUAAGAAAAUCACUAAAUGUAAAGUGAUCUACAAUUCUUUAUAAACAAGGUUCUGUCUAUGAGGGAAGAUAUAAAGUAUAGCUUUAAAGAUAAUUUAUUGUUUAUAAACUCUGUUGUUUAUAAUGUAACAUGUUUUUGUAAAUUGUUAAUAGUAUAGAGUAUUCUUUGUGUUAAAAAUGGUGCUCAAUGGAGGCAGGAAAUAUCUUUAAAUCUUUGUAAAACUUAAUUAAGAAAAAUGUACAAUAUACUAACAGUACUACUAAAAUCACCACAUAAUCAGUGUUCUAUUACAUCAUAUAGAUAACAACCUAUUUGAAUUGUAACCUACUUGAAUUUUUGUUGUUCAAUCAAUAUCCUAGAAAUUACUUUUCUACUUGAAUUUUGUACUUAACUUACUGAAAUGUCUGUUGUUUAUUUUUUUAUUUUAAAAUCAUACUCUGCCUCCAAUACGAACGGGCUGCUGCGUCAGCUAAGCCAUUCUUCUUGUCAUUAGGUUUACAUGAUAUUACACGUUAUUAUGCCACA